GUAGAGGCACCGAAUACAAGGAACUGAAUCACUAGAGUUACAGCCCGUCAUCCUAACUGCCACUCACCUUGGUCACUGUAGAUAUACUUUUCCAUACCUAUCUUUUCUAUCCUUCUAUCCAUCAAUCUUCUGCCCACGGCCAAAGUGGGCGUCGCCAUCCUGUCUUCCCUUCCGGGCACCCGUUUUCUUUUCCUUUCUUCGUCUCUCCGCUUUCAUCGCUCCGCAGCUGGUCCUGCUUCAUCCUUUGCUGCUGCUACUACCUUCCCCUCUUUGCGACUCUCGCUUGCUGCUGCUGCUCCUUCUUCUCCGUCCCCGCCCUUCCUCUUUCUCUCCCGCCGCUCCUACUCGAGCAAGAAGAAGAAAGCAUCCAAGUCCAAAAUGCCCCCCAAGAAGGCCGUCGUUCAAGAAAAGGUCCUGCUGGGCCGUCCAGGAAACAACCUGAAGAGUGGUAUCGUUGGUCUCGCCAACGUCGGCAAGUCCACGCUCUUCCAGGCCAUUACCAAGUCGUCUCUUGGUAACCCUGCCAACUUCCCCUAUGCUACCAUUGACCCCGAAGAGGCUCGUGUCAUUGUUCCCGAUGACCGCUUCGACUGGCUGUGCGAGCACUACAAGCCCAAGUCUCAGGUUCCCGCCAACUUGACCGUCUAUGAUAUCGCCGGUCUGACCCGUGGUGCCUCCACCGGUGCCGGUCUCGGUAACGCUUUCUUGUCGCACAUCCGUGCCGUCGAUGCCAUCUUCCAGGUCGUCCGUUGCUUCGAUGAUGCCGAGAUUAUCCACGUCGAGGGUGACGUCGACCCCAUCCGUGAUCUGACCAUCAUCAGCGAGGAGCUGCGUAUCAAGGAUAUCGAGUUCGUCGAGAAGGCCCUCGAGAACCUUCAGAAGCAGACCAAGCGUGGUGGUCAGACUCUCGAGAUGAAGAAGCUGCGUGAGGAGGAGGCCACCGUGGCCAAGGUGCUCGAGUGGCUCAAGGACGGCAAGGACGUCCGCAAGAACGAGUGGGGUCCCAAGGAGGUUGAAACCAUCAACCCCCUGAUGUUGCUCACUGCCAAGCCGGUUGUCUACCUGGUCAACCUGAGUGAGAAGGACUACAUCCGCCAGAAGAACAAGUACCUGCCCAAGGUGUUCGAGUGGAUCAAGACCAACUCUCCGGGUGACUCCCUGAUCCCCAUCUCCGUCUCGUUCGAGGAGCGUCUGACCCGCUUCGAGAGCGAUGAGGCUGCUCUGGAGGAGUGCAAGAGCCUGAACACCAAGUCGGCCCUGCCCAAGGUGAUCACCACCAUGCGUCAGGUGCUGAACCUGGCCAGUUUCUUCACCACCGGUACCGAUGAGGUGCGCCAGUGGACCAUCCGUAAGGGCAUCAAGGCCCCGGCUGCUGCUGGUGUUAUCCACACCGACUUUGAGAAGACCUUUAUCCAGGCCGUUGUGUACAACUACGCGACUCUGCGUGAGUACGGAGACGAAGGUGCCGUCAAGGCCGCUGGUAAGGUGAUGACCAAGGGUAAGGAUUACGUUGUGGAGGAUGGUGAUAUUCUGUUGAUCAAGGCGGGUGCUGCCCGUGUAAUCAAGUACCGUAGCCAUACUCUGUAUAUCCCCCCGAGCAACCGCUCAAAAGUCAAAUCCUCCGUGCAGCGCGGCCUCCGCCAACGGUUCCUAGACACAUACCCAGGAUUCGAACCCUACAUUGAAGAAGUCCUACCGAAGAAGGCCCAACUUGAUGCCGUGAAGCUUCCGGAAAGAUCCACCCUCUACACCCACGAAAACACCCCCUUGUUCUACCAACCGCUCGACGGCCCGCCCAUCCCACACCUGAAACUCAUCCACGCGUACCCGGACGCCCUGCCCACGAUCCAGAUCGACCGAGGAGCUAUUCGUUUCGUCUUGUCUGGUGCGGCGCUCAUGGCGCCGGGGUUGACGAGUGCUGGGGGGAGAUUGCCCGAUGUGGAGAGUGGGGAGAAGGAGAUUGCGGCUGGGGAGGUGGUUGCGGUCAAGGCGGAGGGGAAAGAGACGGUUUGUUUGGUGGGCGUGUUGAAGGUCGGUACGGAGGAGAUUAAGAAGGUCGGGAAGGGGGUGGUGUUGGAUGAGGGGCAUUAUCUUGGGGAUGGGUUGUGGAGGUAUCAUCUUGAUUAAUCUGUGUCUGUCGACCGGAGGGAGAUUAUGGUUGGGGUCGUGGGGGUUUGAGGGAGUAUGAGAGGGGGUGUGAUACCAGUUUGAUUGGGGAUUGGAUUGGGGUUGGGGUUGAGCUGUGG